AUGCUUAUGCUUGAAGCGGCGGAUGCGACCAAUGGCUUGGUGGAUGGUGGGAUAGGUGGGAGGAUAAUCAAACAGAUGGACGUUGUGGCAGUGCUUCUAAAGGUUGGUACCCUCGGUGCUGAUCACAUCCUGGAGGAUAAGAACGCGCGCACCACGGCCAGGGUGAUUGAAGUCUGUGGUGUGCUCAUGUCUUUCUUGUGGGGACAUAUCGGCAUGUAUCGGGAUAACCGAGAUAUCCUCGUCAAGACAAUAUUUUGGAACUUCAAAACCAGUCAGAAAAAUGUAGAGGCAUACCAAAUGUUCACUGCUUUCUCGAGCCUCGUACACACGCAGUUGGUACACGCCCCUGCCUCAGUCUGGGUGACCUGUUACGCACCAGUUCGUCUUCCGUCAUCUUUCUUCUCUUCUUUUGGUUUGUGCACAUAUUCUUUGACAUCCCAAGUCUAG